AUGAACACUACUACUGAAUCAGUUGUGGAGUUCCUUGGGAAGUUGCCCUUGUUGCAUCGGUUAACUGCUUCUUCUCUCAACAGAAUUGCCCAAGUCGCUGUGUUCAAGCGUUACGAGAGAGGGGAUUAUGUGGUUCGUAGGGAUGAGGAGGUGGAGGGAGUUUAUUUUCUCCUUCAAGGACAGGCUCAGGUUAUGGGAUUAGCCGGAGAUCACGACUCCUCGGAUCUCCUCUUGAAACAAUUUGAUUUCUUCGGCCGUGGUAUUUUUGGGAAUGUUUACUCAGCAGAUGUUGUUGCUGUCUCAGAGCUUACCUGCUUACUUCUCAUGUCUCACCAUUGUUCUUUGCUCGAGACCAACCCCAUCUCGGAUUCAGACAAGGAACUCCAGACACCAUGUCUUGCGGAACGUAUUUUGUCUUUGGAAACAUUAGAUUUGAAUCUUUUUCGUGGGUUCACUCUACCCGAUGCUCCAACCUUUGGUAAGGUUUUUGGAGGGCAAUUAGUUGGUCAGGCACUUGCUGCAGCAACAAACACUGUUGAAUCUACCAAGAUAGUCCAUAAUUUACACUCCUACUUCCUACUUGUUGGAGAUAUAACUAUUCCCAUCAUAUAUGAAGUUAACCUCUUACGUGAUGGCAACAACUUUGCCACCCGGAGAGUAGAUGCAAGACAGAAAGGGAGAACCAUAUUCACCUUGUUUGCAUCAUUUCAGAGAGAGCAACAAGGUUUCGAUCACCAAGACUCGAACAUGCCUCAAAUGUCACCUCCUGAAACGCUUGUAACAAGGGAGGAGAUGAUUGACCGGCGUAUAACUGAACCUCUGCUACCUAGGGAUUACCGAAACAAAAUUGCUACUGAAAAAAUUCUCACAUGGCCUAUAGACAUUCGGUUUUGUGAGCCAAGUUAUUAUACAGAACAUACCAAGUCUCCUCCAAGGUUGAACUAUUGGUUUAAAGCAAGGGGGAAACUUUCUGAUGACCAAGCUUUACACCGAUGUGUGGUAGCAUUUGCUUCAGAUCUGAUAUUUGCGUGUAUCGGUUUAAACCCUCACCGCAGAAAGGGCAUGAGUUCAGCUGCUCUUAGCCUGGACCACUCGUUGUGGUUCCACCGACCUCUAAGAGCUGAUGACUGGAUGCUCUUUGUGAUGGUGAACCCCACAGCAUUCGAGAGUCGCGGUCUUACCACUGGAAAAAUGUUCAACAGAAAGGGAGAGCUGGUGGUAUCUUUGGCGCAAGAAGCGCUGUUUAAAGAAGCGGUGACGAUUAAGCCCAUAUUCGGCGCCAAGCUCUAAGUGACACAUACACACAUCCGUACUCUGAUACUUUAAUUAUUUUCCACACAUAUUAUUGUUCGUAUGUAAAGUGCGGCACCUGCGGUCAUUUAUGGUGAGUUGAUGGCCAACGGCGUCGUUAGUGGGUAAACACUUGUAACGUUCUUAUUAAAUAAUCACAGUCGAAAGAGUCUUAAAGAGAGGCUUCUUUAAUACGCUCUACCUCACUUUUGAAAAAGAAAAAAACCUCAAAUCUUU